AUGGUGUCAGGACUGCACGGAACAUCACUUCCCUGGAUCUAUGGAAAUGUGCAAAAAAGUUACAUCUGUAUGAUUCUUUACUCGAAAACAGACAAAUCGUACAUCUGUUUCAUUUAAAAUGGUUCGAGAUCCAACUGGACAGCUUUCCAACAAAUAUUGCAACUGAAAUUAGAGAUGAUCUAAUGAAAAAAUGUGAAUUUUAAGGUUGCGACAUAGGAUGUGAGAAAUCAAAGUCAAAUUCAAUCGAAAUUGCAAACGUGUUCAAACCGGACUAUGCUGGCGGCAAUGAGUUCUCUAUUAAGUAUUCAAUUGAUAAUGCAAACUUUGAAACUGGUUCUAUUCUUUGGUUUUUCAUGCGAAAGCUCUGAAAAAAUUGUAUGUUUUAUUUCGAAAGACUUUCGAUUUCUUGUCAAAAUUUGAUUAAUAAACAGU